AUGAGCAAAGAAUAGUAUGUUUUUGAUUAUCCCUUCGAAACCGUACUCAAAGGUUUCUGGCAUAAAUACCCUCAUCCUGAUUUGAGUUUUGUGAAAGAUAAUUUCGUUUUGAGCUACGAUAUAAUUGACGAGUAGACAUUACACGUAAAGAGAUUAAUGUAUUCCAAAAUGUACAAAUAUUUAUGGUGCUAUACAAUCGAAGAUAUUAAAAUAUACUUUGAUAAACGUGCAAUGGAAAUGAAAUCUAAAAUAAUAAAAACAUCUUCUAUGUUCCCUCCUACUGGUUAAGCUGUUGAACUGAUAUCAUAUAAAGCUUUAGAAGAUUUCAAAACUGUUUACGAAAAAACUAUACAAGGAACAGAAGAAGGAUUUAUAAAGAAAUACGCAAAGAAAUUUAAUAACACAUUCUAAAAAGGUUGCCAGAUUAUUGAAGAAAACUGUAAAAAAAUAACUGAGGAAAUGAAAUCUAAUUGA